CUCGCACAGCAGAUACGCGACACCGAUGCACAUCUUCAAAGUCUGCAGGUUCGAGCUCUCGCUAUCGCGUGUAACAUGGCACUGGAAGGCGAUCUAAAAUUAGAGCUCGUUCAAGUGCUUUUCAGACAUGGAGCCAGAACAAAUUCCGGAUCGGAAACGCGGAUGGCGAUGGCGCAGUACGUUGACCCGUCGCUUCACGAGACCUUUGGCUAUGAGCAGCUGACAAAUGUUGGUAAAGCGCAAGCCUAUAAUCUUGGUCGCAAGCUUCGCGAUCGUUACAACAACUUUUUGAGUCCGCUGUACAAGUCCGAUGACAUCUACGCGAUCAGCAGCGAUUACGACAGGACGAAAAUGUCGCUGCAGCUGGUAUUGGCAGGACUGUAUCCACCUACACCCGAGCAGACCUGGAACGAAAAUCUGAGGUGGCAGCCCAUCCCGACGCAUCAUGUUCCACAACAAGCUGACGUCCUGUUCAAGGCUUUUGAUAUGCACAAAUACAGAAGUAUCAUACUUCCAUUUAUAAAAUCACCCGAGUAUAAAGAAGUUGAAAAAACGUUGAAGACGUUGAACGAUUUUUUUCAAAGUAAAGGAGUCGACUCAGUGGAGAGAUUCGGAUUUAUUGGUGUUAUAGGAGUGUUUAAUAUAUUAUCGUCUCACAAAGCAUCGAAGGGUAAACUUCCAGAUUGGUACACGGACGAUUUGUAUGAGAAUUUAAGAGAAACGGUCUCUUUGUAUUUUGACCUGUUGUCGUCGACUCCGGAAUUAUGCAAAUGGCAGAUCGGUCCUUUGGUAAGAAGAUUCUUCGACAAUGUGGACGUGAAAGGGGAGUGCACGAAUCCAAGAAAAAUUUAUCUCUACAGCGGUCACGAAUUAAACAUCGCUGCUUUCACAAGGGCGCACGGUAUUAAGGAGUUUCGGUACCCCAACUUCAGUAGUGCUGUGAUAUUAGAAAAGUUAAGAGAUUCUCAAAAUCGGUUGUACGUGAGGAUGCUUGCGUGGACAGGAAAUGACGAUAAUUUUCUGCCAUUAAAACUAGGAAACCAUAAAGAGUAUUGUCCUAUAGAAGAGUAUAUGAAAAUCGUCAAAGAUGUCAUUCCCUCAGACGAAGAAAUAGAUUCGAUAUACGAAGGUAUUCCAAAUGAUCUGAAGACUCUGCACUUGAGCGACAGUUCAUUUAAACCUAAGAAAAGUUCGUCUACGAGCGUUACAAUGUGAUGAUUGAUUUACACAGCCAUUUAAUUUUUCUUAGUUAGCUAUGAAGCAUAAAAUUCAUAUUAGAAAUAUUGUUAAUCGAUGUACAUUUUAAUUAAUUCAGUACUAAAAAUUUGAAUAGCAAACAAUUGUGAGAAACGUGUUUCAAGUAAUACAUCAUCAAAAGAAAGCUCAUUAUUAAUGACUACAUCACGUUUAAUCGCAUUCAGUGACGAUAAGAUAAUAUUGUGGCCACAAACAUAACAGUGAUGAAGUGUUUUUGUGAGAGAUGAAAAUCAAUCAAUUUAAUCCUUUGUCUCAUUCAUAUCUAUACGUAUUUAUAACAAGCUCUCUCUCCAAUUUUCAUCGCAGCGCGAUCAAAAGCACAACUACCUAAGUCAUAAAGCGAGGCCCAAAAGCCCUCGAGAUGUAAGAAAGACAGAAAAAGUAAAAGGAACCACAGUUGUAUAUGUCUAGGCUACGCGACUUGAUCGUUGAGCCUUUAAAAAUUUGAUGUACGUAAAUAUAUCGAUGUAUAUUGCAAUUAAUUUAAUAAAAUACAAGACUCUAUGUCAAA